UAUUACAUCCAUUAUCCAACAAUUAAGAAGGUGUAAUAGUCAGACAGAACAAACAAACACGGUUCUCUUCUUCUUCUUCUUCUUCUCCGAUUGAAAAGAAAAUAAAAAUCAAAACUUUCUAUAAUUUGUUCGGAAGCAAUGAAUCCAGAUCCCUCCGAAUAUCCUCAUCUCCCCAACAUCAAGAUCCACCACCCUUCCUCCCCUCGACACUCCCACCACCACUCCUCCUCCACCCCCUCCGCCGCCACUCCCACCCCCACCGCCGGAGCCCGCCGUAAAAUCGGAGUCGCCGUAGACCUCUCGGAAGAAAGCGCCUUCGCUGUCCGCUGGGCCGUCGAUCACUACAUCCGUCCCGGAGACGCCGUCGUCAUCCUCCACGUGUCCCCCACCUCCGUCCUCUUCGGCGCCGACUGGGGCCCGCUCCCUCUCCAGUCCCCGCCUCCUCCUGGCCACCCUUCCCAGGAGGAUUUCGACGCCUUCACCUCCUCGAAAGUCGCCGAUCUCGCGAGGCCUCUCAAGGAGGCAGGGUUCCCUCACAAGAUCCAGAUUGUGAAGGACCACGACAUGAGGGAGAGGCUGUGUUUGGAGAUCGAGAGGCUUAACCUCAGCGCUGUGAUCAUGGGGAGCCGUGGGUUUGGGGCUGAGAAGAAGAGAGGGAGCGAUGGGAAGCUUGGCUCUGUUAGUGAUUAUUGCGUUCAUCACUGUGUUUGUCCUGUGGUUGUGGUGAGGUAUCCUGAUGAACGUGAUGGUGGUGUUGGUCCUGCUGCUGCUCCUAAGGAGGGUGGUGGAGGUACGAGGGAAGCUAUUGUCACUGUGAAAGCGGGGAGGGAUGAUGAUGGGGAGGAUGAUGAAGCUCAUGAGGCUAAGAUUGCUGCUGCUUCCGCUCAUCAUGAACACGUCAAAGAUGAGUAAUGCGCCUUAGUAUCUCAUUGGAUUCACCCUCUUGCAAGGUUGGAUGGAAACAAAGGGUUUCAAGCGGAGUUGUGCAGAGGAGUGUGUGUUGUGUGUUUUGUGCUAUCUUUUGCAAUCAUGAUGUCUCUGGAAUCUCCUCUAAAUUUAUUAUUUUUCAGUCCUCUUUUUUUUUAUAUAUAAUUGACUCGUAUGUAUGAUUUUCGCAUUAAACGUUGAAAUUGCUAUUAACAUUAAACCCCUUUUAGGAUUA